AUGCCGUUGUGGCGGAUUUUUGGAAUUGAUACCCGCGGCCUGGUCACCGAGUGGAACCACAUGUUCUACAAGAUACCUGGGUUUGAGAAGCAGGGCGUCCUCGGCAAGCCAAUGAUCCAAACUUUUAUCCACGUGGACCAGCAAGAUUCAGUCCAAGAAGUUUUCAAACGAGCUAUGUCAGGCGAGGACAUCGCCAAUUUCGAGUUCCAGCUGUACACGAACAACGGGCAAGUAAGAGACCUCUCCAUCAACGCGACACCUCGAAUAGGGUACUAUGGCGAAAUCACUGGGGUUUUUGGAGUGGGCCAGGACGUUACUGAAGUGAACGCCCAACGGAAAGAGCUGGAGCGCGUGGCUGGCAAUCUGCGGUGCACAGUAGACUACGCCAAUGCGCCAAUCAUUGGCGUCAACGUGCAGUGCCUGGUAAACGAGUUCAACUUCAAGGCAGCACAGCUCUCCGGCUUCUCGAAAGAGGAGAUAUUGGGAAAGAGUCUGGUGAACACUCUGGUGUCGCCCGAUAAACGACCCAGCGUGUCCUUCGCCCUCCUGCGAGCGCUCGGUGGACAGGAGUCGUCCGUCCUCGAGUUCCCGUUGACCACCAAGGACGGCGACCAGAGGGAGCUCACGAUGAACUUCACCGCUUUGCGGGGCGCAACGGGUGAUAUGGAGGGCGUGAUCUGCGUCGGGACGGACAUCACCGAGAUGAAGCAGAUGGCCGCGCAGCAGAAAUUUAUCGCCGAAGAUUUCCAGCGGGUGAUCCGAAGCGCGAACGCUCCAAUCAUAGGUGUGAAUAUACAUGGGCAGGUUAAUGAAUGGAAUGACAAAGCGGCUGAGCUAUCAGGCUACAGUAAAGAGGAAGCAUUGGGAAAGGAAUUGGUUGAAACUUUCAUCCGCGCGGAGUACCAGCCAGCGGUCUCAGUGGCCAUCCGCAACGCUUGCCGCGGAAUCGACGCCUCGCAGGUUGAGUUCCCCCUCAUUGCGCGCGAUGGCAGCCAGGUGCUGCUGUCGCUGAACGCGGCGUCUCGGACCGAUCAGUGGGGCAGCAUCAUUGGCAUGGUCGGGGUUGGCCAGGACAUCACAAAUCUCCAUCAGGCCAUGGAAGAGAUCGCUGCCAGCCGCGACGAGGUCACCGCAGUGGCAGAGGACUUGCGGCGGACGAUCGACCACGCUAACGCGCCCAUCUUGGGGAUCGACACGCAAGGCCGAGUGACGGAGUGGAACCGGAAGAUGGCAGAGAUCACGGAGUUCGGCAAGGAGGAGAUGCUAGGGAAGCCGUUGAUCGAGGAUUUCAUCAUGAAGGAGUACCAAGAACAGGUUGGGCGUGUGCUGAAACAGGCCAUGGACGGUACAGAGACGGACAACUACGAGUUCUCCAUCGUUUCGAAGAGCGGCAGCAGGCGUGAGAUCUUGUUGAACGCUGCUACUAGACGUGGCCCCGAGGGCAAAGUUACUGGAGUUAUCAGCAUCGGCCAGGACAUCACGAAAAUCAAGGCGGUAACUGCCCAUAUGGAGCGUGUUGCUGACGACCUGUCGCGUCUCAUCGAGACAGCGAAUGCUCCUAUCUUUGCUGUGAACAAGGAGUGCAAGGUCACGGAGUGGAAUCGGAAGUGCGAGGAAAUCCUCGGUUACCCCAAGGCUGACGCUAUGGGCCAGCAUCUGGUGCGCAAGUUCAUACACGAAGUAAACCGUAAGUCUGUCCGUACCGUGCUCAACCGGGCCCUUGCGAAUGACGAGGUCAAGAAUUUCGAGUUGACUUUCUACACGCGGGAAGGAGCGCAGCGAGACGUUCUGUUGAGCGCGACGCCACGCUGGGGCCAAGAGCACGAAAUCAUCGGGGUAGUUUGUGUCGGACAGGACGUAACGGAGAUGAAAAAGCAUCGUGAUAAUGCGCAGCGUGUUGCGGAUGACUACUCCAGGCUCAUCAACACAGCAAACGCACCAAUAUUUGGGGUUGACGAGAGCGCGUGUGUUACAGAGUGGAACAACUGGGUUGCAGUGAAAUCUGGCUUCGUUAGAUCGGAGACCCAAGGCAAGAAGCUCACAAACUACAUCGCAGAGAAGAGCCAGGGGGUGUGGCUGGACGUGCUCCGCGACGCCUCGAAGGGAAACCCCACGGAGACCUUCGAGGUGGAGCUCGCGCCGAAGGACCCAGACAAUCAGAAGUGCGUUUCCCUUCUCCUGAAUGCCACCCCUCGCAUCGACCCACAGGGCGAUAUCAUCGGUGUGAUCUGCGUGGGCCAAGACAUCACGAGUAUCCGGGAGAUGGAGCAACGGAAGGCCGCCUUUAUGGCGGUGGUCAGCCACGAGUUGAGGUCGCCCCUGAACGGCAUCAUGGGGCUCAGCAGCGGUUUGGUGGAGAAUGCAGUUGAGGGAUCCAGCUUCCACAAGCAGCUGAGCCUCAUACACAACUGCGCUAGCAGGCUUCUGGACAUGGUGAACAACAUCAUGGACGCGGGGUCACUCGUGCAAGACAGGAAGAUGAGGCUCUCUUGCGAGAACGUGUACCUGGAGAAGAUCGUGGAGGAGGUCGUCGUCCUCUGCCAGAACUCGGCUGACAGGCAUGGCAAGAAGCUGGUCAAGGAGGGCGUUACCUUGAUGAAUCACGUGACGGAGCUUCCUGUGAUCACUGCCGAUCCCUACAGGUGCACGCAGCUCGUUUACAAUCUGGUGACCAAUGCCCUGAAGUUCACGGCGAAGGGGCACGUCCGAGUCUUCGCCACCGCGGACCACGUCGCCGAGACUGUAACCGUCACGGUUGAGGACACGGGCAUCGGGAUUGCAGCGGAGAAGCUCGAGCGCAUCUUCCAGCCUUUCGAGCAGGAGGACCAAUCCUCGACGCGGCACUUCGAGGGGCUCGGUCUCGGCCUCUCCAUCUGCCGGGAAGUGGCGAUCAAGCACGGCGGGACCCUCACCGUCGACAGCGAGAAGGGCAAGGGCUCGCAGUUCCACGUGUCCUUCCCUUUCGAGAUGAACCCCGGGGGCGCAGCGGGCCAGGAGAACCCUGGGACGGUCGCGGCCCCGCCGACCGCGGUGGCCGCGGCCCCGCCGACGGCGGUCCAGCGGCGCCUGUCGAUACCAGACGAUCCCGACAGCGAGGACCUCGACGCCUCGAUCGGUGAUGGCUCCGAGGCGGCCUUGUCGGAGUCCGAGGCGAACAGCGACGCAAGCGCGGAACGACCGGCAAGCCGGCGCGACGACCGCGGGUCCGAGGGCCUGUCGGCGUCGGUCGACGACCUGCAGCCGCGCCUGACCGACAAGUCACCGAUGGUUCUGAGCGUGGACGACGAGCAGGUGGCCCAGAAGAGCUUGGCCUCGUGGUUCGAGAUGAACGGGAUCAGGUUCGUCUGCGUGUCGAACGCAGACUCGUGCCUGGAGCACUUCAGGUCGGGGAAGGUCCUGCCAGACCUGGUCUUACUCGACGACCUGAUGCAGGAGGGCAUGAACGGGGUUGACACCCUCACAGACAUCCGGAAGCUCUACAACGUGUUUGAGGUGCCAGUCAUAAUUGUGUCCAGCAGGAAGUCCACAAAUGCGGUGGUGAAAGGUCUUGGACGCAUGUGCAACGACUGGGUGCACAAGCCAUUCGACCGCAGGGAGCUCCUCGCGCGGGUGAAGUUUCACCUGAAUCUGAAGGAGCUGGUGAGGGAGCGCCUGUCCCAGGUGGCGUCCUCAGACAAGCUGCUGGAGGUGAUCCCCUCGCCUGUCGCGGAGUUGUCGCACGCGCUGGUGGACAGGACCAGGCAAAGGAUGCAGGCCAACGAGCGUGAACUGCACGAGCUGCAGCGGAAGGUGGCGAAGGCCCGUGCGGAGCGGGCGACGCUGGCGGGCAGCAUCAAUGAGGCCCGGCGGGCGCUCGCGAACCUGCGGCAGGACCGAGCAGCUGCGUGUGGAGCAGUCGCUGCUGGCGGCCAAGGUCGAGGCGGAGCGGCACGCCGAGAGGCGGCUGGGCCCAGAGCUCGCGGCGCCGCCGCCGCCGGCCAGCGGCGGCGAGGGCGCCCGGCUUGCCGCUGCGGCGCCGCCGCAGGCGGACACGGGCGCCAAGGGCUUCACGGAGGACCAGAGGUGUUGGCGAAGUUGAUCGACUCGCGGAUGAGGGCGCACAUGGAGCUGGAUUCCAGGCAGAGGGAGAGUCAGAUCUCUGCCCUGCAGGAGAAGCUGAAGCACCAGAGCGAGCUGGCCGCCAGCCUGCAGGAGCGAUGCUUCCAGCUGGAGCGGGCCUUGCGACACAUGCAGGUGGACGCGCCCAUCAAGGCCGCCCAGGCCUUCUUCUGA